ACAACUCACAACUUCCUCACUUGAACAUAAGAACACCAGGAACAUUAAUGUCAACAACAAUUUCACUGAGCUAAGUUUCUACUUUUUUCUCAGUAAGCUAUUAUCACAUAUAAGAGGAAGAUGUGAGACAGAGCUCUCUGGAUGUAAAUGUUUAAAAUGUGCUCUGGAUAUUUAUUCAGAGGCAGAAUUGUUGCUUUUAUGAAAGAGCGAAGAAACAUUAAUGACAACACUAAAGCAAAAUGUCGGUAGACAGAGAAUAUUUAUCGCUGAGCUUGACAAAGGUGUUAAAUGACAUUGGAGUGAACGAAGGAGGAAUGUUGAAAAGAAGAAGAUCACAAUUACUAAUUGAGUCUGUUGAAACUAUUGCAAACAGGACAAUUGGUAAUAAUGUAACUGUCUUCAAUUUUGGGAGUCAGAGUGAAGGUACAACUACUAUAGGACUUACAUCAGACACAGAUGCACUAUUCUGUCGUCACGAUUAUAAUAUAAUACAGGACUGGUCAGAGUGGGAAUAUGGCAAGGAUAAUUACCUCAUGAUACAAGAUGAAAACACUACCCCCGGAUAUUGUUUCCUACAAUUGCUCCGAUCUCAUGAACCUCUUCCUAUGCCAGUCCUACCAUUUGAAGACAAUAAAAUAGUUGAUAGUCUAGGAGGAAGAAUGUUGCUUAAGAAUAGAAUGAUAGAUAGCUCUAUGGUUCAUGGUUCUGUAAAGCAUGGUCCAUCCAUUGCUUUUCAAGGAAUGUCUGAAAUGCAGGAUAAAGAUAAUGUGAUAGCUUAUCCCUGUAAAUCAUGGCCUCAAUCAGCAUCAGGUUGGUUAGAGAGACAGGGUUUAGGGACAUGGCCGACACAUGAGAUGAGAAGAUCUGCAGCCAGGACAGGAUGUUUUGUUGUUCCAACUGGAAGUAAAGUCAGUUUAUAUCCUGAACUGGAAUGGAGAAUAUCUACAUCCCUUGCUGAAAGAUGUCUAAUGUUUGAUUUAAAUAUAACACAAAUAAGAUGUUUUGUUUUAAUGAAAAUGAUUCUUAAAUCUUUCUUGAAUCCUCGAGGUGAAAUUAAUGUAUCAAGUUUUAUGUGUAAAACAGUUCUAUUACACUGUAUAGAAAGCACAGAGUCAAGUACAUGGAAAGAUAACAAUUUAUUUACAUGUUUAACAUACUGUUUACUGGAAUUGCACAGUUGUGUUCAGAAUGACCAUUUGUCACAUUUCAUUAUACAUGAAAAUAAUUUGAUGGUAGGGCAGUUAACAAAUGAAACAAAACUAUUGCUUUCCAAAAAUAUCAGUGAUUUUAUAGAAAGUGAUGGACAAAUGUUGUUAAGAAUUGAUAUUGAUGAUCUUGGACUCAGACUAAAAGUUGAAAUGAACUUAGUACCACAAAGAGCGUACAAUUUCCAGUCCUCUUUGAAAAUAUGUAACACUCUUUCGGCUACAAAAUUAAUAAACCUUGCUAGCGAAUUAAGUGUAUAUUACAAGCAUGUUUUACAUUAUGUUCAUGUAUUCAAUGAUACAGGCAUUAGCACAUUGAAGCAAUAUACAGAAAAUCUAAUUGCCUACAGUGUAAAAGGUCAUAGAUUAGAACAGGCAGCAUUUAAGCUCUUUGCACCUUUUCUGUAUACAACAUAUGGAACAGCCCUAGCAUCAUCCAGCAUUGGUGAAAAUAAUCAAGUGUCACCUGAAGCAUUGGUGUGGCUUUCAGCUGGUUUAAACUCAGACAAUUCAUCUAGCAGACUUAAACUGGCUUCAGUAUUCUACAGUGUAGGAGAUAUGAAGAAAACUGAAGACAUAUUGAGACAAACUGAACAUCACUAUUUCUCUCACCCUGUUUUACCUAUCUGUGCCUGUUGGGAACAUGCUGUUAGAGUAGUAAUUGAUGGAUUUGGAAGAGUAUGCACUGAACAAAAUGAAGACUGUAUUAAACAUAUUACAGCAUUUUGUGUCCAAUUUAUACCACAGGAAAUUCACUGUGUUCCUCAAGAGUUACAAUAUGAAAUGUACAGAUCUACACCUGAUGGGAUGUUCCACAGGGGUCCAUUUGACUAUUGGAUGGAUUGGGCUGUUGUUGACACUUUACCUUUCCUUUACUUCCUACAAUAUAAGACUUACAGUCGUCUGCGAAGAGAAAGGGAAAAACAGCAAGCACUGGAUAAACUCUCUAAAACUAUUGAGAUGGAUAAACGUAUUAAAUCUCUUUGGCAUGAAGAAACAGCUCUUAACCUACUUGGACAAUGUCAGGAACAAGAAGAGAGGCGUCAGGAAGCAUUGGAAUGUUACAUUCGUUCUCUUCAUGUCAGAGCAAGAAAUAAUGUAGCAGUUAUCCAUAUUUGUAAGCUUUUCUCAUGCUUACUGAAUCAAAAACUGUUUGAAGUUGUACGGUAAAUAAAAGAAAAGACCAGUAUGGUCAUGACAAAUUCAAUACAUACAAUGCGUCCUCCAUUACCACCCAAAGCUUGAGCAUAAUUGAAUGGUAAACAUUAUUGAAAGUCAAUUCGUUUUUUCUUAUACGAGAGAAAUGCAAAGGGAAAAUGCUUCUUUGUUUCUGAUUUUGAAAAAAAUGAAUACAUUUUGCAUACACGCGAUCAUAUAAAAUACUUUAUAUUUCAUAAAAUAAAACUUAUACUCUCACAGCUGGCUCCUUAGUUUCUGAUUUUGAAAAACAAAAUAAUUCAAAUACAUUUUGCAUACAUACACGUUAUAUGAAAUACUUUAUAUUUCCUAAAAUUAAUCAUAUACUCUCACAGCUGGCUCUGGAGAGUAUGCUGAGGUAAGGACCCUACUGAAAAUAAGUGCUUGCACUUUCUUAGGUUAUUCUUUACCGCCCAGUCUUAAGAAAAUCAAUCAAUCAAUCAAUUUAAAAUGCUGGUAUUUAAUGACCGUUCAAAUGCCGUACAAUUGUGUGUACAUGUUGAACGAAAAAAAAAUAUUUUUGCGUUUUAGCUUUAACUUUUAACCAAUUAGAUUAGAACAACUAUGUUUAUGACACUGCUCUGCUGAGCAGGCACCUAAGAUGCAUGGAUGGAGACGUUGAUAGUCUAGGGGGAAGAAUAUUGCAUAAAAGACAUACCUUUUAUCUUGAAUUACCAAUAGGUGGCAGUAUUUACAUGUUGAAUUACUAGCUGCUAACAUUACCACUAUGCUGCAUUUUUCUAAAUGUUGCAUUUACAUCGUGUUGCAUUGCCAUCAAGAUACAUUACCAUAAUGUUCCAUUAAUUCCAUGUAAACUACACAUAAUAUUGGAUCACCAAUUACAUAUAUUACAUUAUCAUGACUUUGUCAGCAUUAUCAUGUUGCAAUGUCACCUGAUACAUUACCAUUAUUUUACAUUAUUUCCCUGGUGUAGCAUUACCAUUAUGUCUUGUUUUACUUUCUUAUUGCAUUACAAUCAUAAUGAAUUAUAAUCAUUUUGCAUUAUCUACAUAUUGAAUUGUCAUUGUGUCACCUUAAGUGUUGCAUUACAGCCAUGACUCACAAUGCAUUACCGCCAUGGCUGACGCUGUAUUACCGCAAUGAAACAUACUACAUUACCGCCAUGACUCACACUACAUUACCGCCAUGACUCACACUACAUUACCGCCUUGCUCACACUACAUGACCGCCAUUGCUCACACUGCAUCACCGCCAUGGCUCACACUACAUUACCGCCAUUGCUCAGACUACAUUACCAUCAUGGCUUACAAUACAUCACCGCCAUGACUCACACUACAUUACCGCAAUUACUCACACAACAUUACCGCCAUUGCUCACACUACAUUACCGCCAUGACUCACACUACAUUUCCGCAAUUAUUCACACAACAUUACCGCCAUUGCUCACACUACAUUACCGCCAUGACUCACACUACAUUACCGCUAUGGCUCACACUACAUUACCGCCAUUGCUCACACUACAUUACCGCCAUGACUCACACUACAUCACCGCCAUGACUCACACAACAUUACCGCUAUUGCUCACACUACAUUACCGCCAUUGCUCAGACUACAUAACCGCCAUUACUCACACUACAUUACCUCCAAUUCUUACACUACAUUACCGCUACAUUACCGCCAUGGCUCAGACUUCAUUACCGCCAUAGCGCACACUACAUUACCUCCAUGACUCACACUAUAUUACCGCCAUGACUCACACUACAUUACCGCCAUGCUUCACACUACAUUACCGCCAUUGCUCACACUACCGCCAUGAGUCACACUACAUUACCGCAAUGGCUCACACUACAUUACCGCCAUGGCUCACACUGCAUUACCGCCACGGCUCACACUUCAUUACCUCCAUGAAACACUUUCAACAUUCUGAUUUUCUAUUAUUUUGCGUUGACAUUAAAUUGCAUUACCAUCAAAGUUAAAGAAUGAUUUAAUGAAAGUUAAGAUUAUUUAAAAGUCGUAAAGCACAUCAUUAAAAGGUAUACUUCCUUCUGUUUUUAAAACAGUCAUUUUUUCACUGAAUUUUUGAUAAAAUGUAUUUUGCAUUUAUUUGUAUUUUCGAAAGAAAUGUAAAUAAUAUUAAACAGCAGAAUUGUUUAAUUUCACAAUGUUCUUUAAACA